AUGCCGCCCGCCGCCGAUAUCACCAGGAACGAGGAUUCCGCCAAUGCAGCCACCGAAGUAACACCUCUGCUGGCUGUCGCUAAGACUGGAGCUCCCACAAUCUACAAUGGCGACAACAAUGGCAAAGCUGGAACCGUGGAGCAAAAUGCCGCAACUCCGACGACGAAGAGGAGCCUCCAAUGCCAGUCGUUCAAAUCCUGCUCCUCUGCUACGCCUCGCUCGCCGAGCCGGUGGCAUACUUCAGCAUCUUCCCAUUUCCACGCCUCCCGUCAGGUUGGCAUCAAGCUUGACCAUAUUUCUUUGUCAUCAACUUUCUCCACGCCUCAGGGCAUCCGGCUCAGUCUCAGGAUCCGCCACCUCCGAACAGACCGCUCUGCGAAGGAACUCGACAUCAAGUGGAUCAGAUUACUACCGACUCGUUCUGCGGCCAACGAUGAAACCCCUGAACACGUUCCACGUCAUAUCGCACCUGUCGUCAUCAAACGCGGAGUCGCCAUGUCCGGGGAAUGGGAAGUCGAAGAGGUCUUGGAUACAGGAAGCCAGAGAAUCACCCUUUCUGCCACCGCGAGGUUCAUCGCCGACGACGACGAUGACGAAAACUCUGCCAACAUCGCGGGCUCCUCGAACCAUCCUCCUGAUAUCAUCAUCUACACUAUUGAGGCUAUGAUCUUUCCGUCCACGAGACUAAGCACGCGCGCGAGAGCUAAGAAUAAUCACAAGUGUGCUGUGCCCGUUAAAAAUGAGCUGGUUCGAAGGAGAGUGGUUGAAAUCUGCGAAGGAGAUGAAAGGGGCCGAAAGCAGAAGAGACAACCACCACGAGCAGCAAGUCUAGUCAUCGCUCCGGACCUGUUGUGGGCUUCGUAG